UCAGAUCGGGUUUGGCCACAUGGUUGAGCUCGCCUCGUUUAUUCCCAUUUUAAAGAAGGGUUUAAUUGCAAAAACUCCCAUAAAUCGUGAAUAUCCAAAGGUUCUACGAUCGUCUUCUCCGUAAGCUCUUGCAAAGCUUCUCUAAUGGCGUCUCCUUCACAGCGAGACUCCACGACCACACUCCUCUCCCCAACUCCUCCUUCGUAUCGUCGUAGAUCUUCCUUACGUCUCCUCCUUACCAUCCUCGCCUUCUCCGCCACCUUAACUCUUGCUCUCCUCCUAUGCGUCUUCUCCUUCUCCUCUUUGAUCCCAUCCUUUGCUCGACGCUCCCACUCCACCCUCCACCGCCCCACCGUGAUCCUCAUAUCCUCCGAUGGGUUCCGCUACGGCUACCAGUUCAAGUGCCCCAUGCCAAACAUCCACCGCCUCAUCUCCAAUGGUACCGAAGCCGUCCCUGGUCUCAUACCCGUCUUCCCCACCCUCACCUUUCCCAACCACUACUCCAUCGUCACGGGCCUCUACCCUGAAUCCCACGGCAUCAUCAACAACUUUUUCAUCGAUCCUGUCACCGGCGACGCCUUCACUAAGCGCCGCCAUGAAGCCCGUUGGUGGCUCGGCGAACCACUGUGGGAAAUCGUCUCCAAUCAAGGUUUCAACGCCGCCGCCUACUUCUGGGCUGGAUCAGAGGUAAGCAAAGGUUCUUGGCAUUGCCCUGCUGAAUUUUGCCCUAAAUACGAUUCCUCCGUUCCUUUCGAGAAGCGAGUGGAUGAUGUCUUGAGCUACUUCGAUCUUCCCAUUGAUGAGAUCCCUGUUUUUGUUGCCUUAUACUUUGAGGAACCCGACUCCAAAGGCCAUGACUUUGGCCCUGAUCAUCCGGAGAUCACCAAGGCGGUGGCUCGGAUUGAUAGCAUGCUUGGUAGAUUGAUUGCAGGCCUUGAAAGAAGAGGCAUUUUCGAAGAUGUGACCAUCAUCCUUGUGGGGGAUCAUGGAAUGGUCGGCACUUGUGAUCAAAGAAUCAUCUUUCUGGAUGAUCUAUCUCCAUGGAUUGAAAUUCCUGAGAAGUGGGUACAAAGUUACGGUCCAUUGCUGGCAAUUCAGCCUCCGGUUAACAUCUCUGCGGCGGAGGUGGUGGCAGCUAUGAAUCAAGGAUUGAGCUCUGGUAAGGUGGAUAAUGGUCAGCAUUUGAGCGUUUAUCUAAAGGAGGAUCUGCCUGAGAGGCUGCAUUAUUCAUCAAGCUAUCGGAUUCCGCCUAUUGUCGGCCUUGUGGAUGAGGGGUACAAAUUGGUGCCAAAGAGACCGAUGAGUAAUAUAUGCGGAGGGGACCAUGGCUAUGACAAUGCAUUGCUCUCAAUGAGAAGCAUUUUUGUGGCUCAUGGACCUCAGUUUGAGAGAGGGAGGAAGGUUCCACCAUUUGAGAAUAUUCAGAUAUACAACUUGGUCACCUCCAUUCUCGGACUCAGAGGAGCUCCAAACAAUGGUUCUUAUACAUUUCCAGCUUCGAUUCUUCUAUCUGACACUUGACUUGUGAACAUAGUGUUGUACCUGCAGAUUUACGUUUAUUAUGGAUAUUUGGUGUACUAUUGGAUAGUAAUGCAAGUUGUUCUGGUUAAUGUUCCA